UUUAAAUGGAGAUUUAAUGAUUUAAGCAUAAUAAGAUUGUUUGAUGAUAAUGUAACAAUGAUAACUGACCCCUAUAAAGGAAGGGUCGAGAUUUUUCUCCAAAAUCAUUCUUUGCUUUUGAAGAAUGUGCGACAAGCCGACAGUGGACGUUACACUGCAGUCAUUACAGGGGAAGUUGACGAUUAUGUGGGUAAAUACAGCGUCACAGUUCAAGAUCCAGUGUCUCCGGUUAAUGGGACAGUGGACUUACUCUCCAAUAGCUCCGACUCCUGUAACUUCACAGUGACCUGCAGCACACAGGACUCCCAUCACAUCAACAGCACUUUUAGAUGUGACACCAACACCUGCAGCCAGGAGGAGGGAGGAGAGAGGUCAAAGGUCACGACCUCUGGCACCUCCCUCCGUGUCUACCUCUCCAAAGGCUUCUCAGUUAUCUGUAUCCAUAGCAACCAGGUCAGCUCGGAAAGGCACAUAACAAUGAUUCGGGACUUUUGUAUCUUAAAUCCUGAUGAAACGGAGGAAAUGAAAAACACAGUGUACGAAUCUGUGCAGGUCCAAAGGGUGAACCCACUUCCAGAUGAGAAUCCAACCGAUGAUGCUGCAGCUCCUUCUCCGUCCUCCAUCUACAGCUUGAUCGAAGUUGGGUCCAUUAAAUCCACUGAGGCCGUAGACACGACUCAGCCUGAGAGCCUGUAUGCUCAGGUGGAGAAGUCGGCCCUGACCUGAAGAAAAUCUGAAAUUGUCUUCAACA